AUGGCCAUGACUGGAGCAAAGCGUUUGAGGGAAUUGAUGAGCAAGGAGGACCAUAUCGUCGUUGCACCAGGUGUCUACGAUGGUCUGUCUGGUAGAAUUGCUCUCGCCGCUGCAGGAACCAACAUGUCCCGCCUCGGCACGGCAGACCUAGGCAUCGCAACCCUCAACGACAUGCUCUCCAACGCCUCCACCAUCACCUCUCUCUCGCCCUCAACCCCAGUAAUCGCCGACGCAGACACUGGCUACGGCGGCCCCAUCAUGGUAUCCCGCACAGUACGCCAAUACGCACUCGCCGGCGUCGCCGCUCUCCACAUCGAAGACCAAGUCCAAGAAAAGCGAUGCGGACAUUUAGUUGGCAAGCAAUGCGUCAGCCGUGAAGUCUACUACGCAAGACUCCGAGCAGCAGUAAAGACUCGCGAUGAGAUGGGUUCAGAGAUGAUGAUUAUUGCCCGCACGGACGCCAGAGCAGAUUUGGGCUUUGACGAGGCGGUUGAGCGUCUUCAAGGAGCUGUGGAGUGUGGAGUCGAUGCUUUGUUCCUCGAGGCUUUGCAAAGCACUGAAGAGUGUGAGAAGGCUGUCAAGAUUUUCGCUCCCACACCUGUACUCUUGAAUAUGGUGCCUGGAGGCAAGACGCCGCAGAUGGGUGUUAAACAGGCAAAGGAGAUUGGGUUCAAGCUUUAUAUCAACCCUACGCUUGGCUUGGAGGCCGUGGUUCGCCCGAUGCAGAAGGCGUAUAAGAUGUUGGUUGAGCAGGGUACGGAUGAGUGCGAACCCAUUGGUCCCAAAGCUCUCUUCGAGAUUUGCGGAUUGAACGAGGCCAUGGCUUUCGAUGAGAGUGUUGGUGGUGCCGCGUUUGGGUCGAAGUAG